AUGCAAUCUACGCUGCGUUUAUUGCAUGCCCGAGGAGGGUGUACCACUUUUGUACAGGUCUCGGUACCACUUUCGCCUGCCACAGAGAUCCUGAUGACUCCAGAGAUAGUUAUGCUUUCAUCUGUGUUCGUUAACCAAGGGGUUACAAAGAUCCGCCUCGCCGGAGGCGAGCCUACAAUCAGGCCUGAUAUAUUGCCUCUUAUGCAGCAGCUAGGAGACCUCCGUGGCUUACGGGAGCUUUGCAUAAACACGAAUGGAAUAGCUUUGCACCGAAAGCUCGAAGCCAUGGCUGAGCACGGAUUGACCGGGAUCAAUCUCAGUCUUGAUAAAUUGGACCCCUGGCAAUUUCAGAUCAUGACCCGCCGGAAAGGAUUCGAUGCGGUUAUGCGCAGUAUCAACCGAGUCUAUGAGCUCAACAAGCAUGGUGCCGGUACUCGCCUCAAGAUGAACUGUGUCGUAAUGCGUGGCAUUAAUGAUAAAGAGAUCUUGCCUUUCGUCGAGAUGACUCGAGAGCACGAUAUCGAGGUCAGGUUUAUCGAGUAUAUGCCUUUCGACGGCAACAAAUGGAACCAAGGCAACAUGUUUACUUAUGGCGAGAUGCUUAGUGUUAUUUGUGAAAAGCAUCCAAUGCUACAUAAACUAGUAGACCCUAAGAACAAUACAAGCAAGAAAUGGAACAUACCUGGAUACCUAGGACAGAUUGGAUUUAUUACUAGUAUGACGCAUAACUUCUGUGGCAGUUGCAACCGUCUCAGAAUAACGAAUGAGGGGAACCUGAAGGUAUGUCUUUUUGGAAAUGCUGAGGUCUCCUUGCGGGACAACUUGAGAGAAUCGAAUGCUGGACAACCGAUCGAUGAAUCUGCCUACGAAACGCUAAAGGCAAGCAUUCUUGAAGGAGACAACCAAGCGUUAGCUGAAUCAAUGGCAUCAACGGAGUCGAAACUUCUAGAGACCAUUGGCCGGGCUGUAAAACGCAAGAAGGAGAAGCAUGCUGGUCUUAGUGAGCUAGAGCAUAUGCCAAAUCGACCUACGAUUUUAAUAGGUGGGUAA